UCCACAUGAUCCUUGACGAGGACGCAAAUGUCCUUAGCCGUAAAUUAGAGAAUAGAUAGAGGUCCACAACCAAAAAUCCCAUUUUAUCCACUCCAUUCCUACACCCCCAACCUCCUUCUCUUCCAUAAUUCGCAGAAGAAGAAGAAGAAGUGAACUUAACAUCAUCAACAAUGGCGUCUGCGACCAUGGCGGUCUCCUUUGGCUUUUCAUAUUCCCCAUUUUGCCCUCGCCGAACUCCACUCUCUCGCGGCUCCGUCCGGCUCGCUCCCUUCCACAAGGCCGCCUCGCUGAAGCUCAGUUCCUCGCACUGCAUUUCCGCCUUUUCCUCGGUUCUUCCUCGGAGGCUUUGCUCGGUUUCUCCCAGCCCUUGUAGUCCUCGCUCUCUGACGAUUUUCUCCGCUAAAGGCUACAAAAGGAAGACGCACAAGGCUUCGGCGAAGCGAUUCAGAGUGACGGGUAGGGGGAAAAUAGUUCGGAGGAGAGCUGGGAAGCAACAUCUGCUGGCCAAGAAGAACAAUAAGAGGAAGUUGAGACUCUCCAAAAUGCAUCCAGUCAGCCGAAGCGACUAUGACAACGUUAUCGGAGCCUUGCCAUAUCUCAAAGUAAACAGAAAGGCGACAUAGAGGUCAAACUUGAAACUACAAUGGCGGAAGCUUAUUUGAUUUGUAAACUUAUGAUUCCUUACAUCUUUGUAAUAGCUUUCUCAAGUGUUCUGUUUUUCUAAUCAAAAGCUUUUUCUUUCUUCU